AUGGCAGACAAAGAAUUAUACCUUCACCUGAAGUAUAGCAGGCAAAGACGAAAAACAGUAAUAUCAAAAGCUUAUGAGUUCUUAUAUGGGUCAGGUGCAGAAAAAUACUUACUUAUUCCUCCUCUCCCACUCUGUGCGCGAACAAAAAUAUAUUGUUUAGUAGUGUUAAUUUUAUUUUUUUAAAUUUAUGUAGUAAAUUUUUUUUUUAAAAAUACCCCAAUUCGCAAAAAUUGGAAAGCAAUAUUAAUUUAACUUGUAAAAUUUAUGUUUUAAAAUGCAAUUUGUUUAAAAUUAAACAGAAUUAGCUAGAGAUUUGAUUAUAAUAAUAAUCACUUAUAGAUUGAAAAAAAAAAAUUUUCAUAAAAAAUUUGUUAUCAGAAAAAUUUUUGUUUAAUUACGGAGUGUGGUUUUUGGGCAAAAAAUAGGGAUUUUUCCAAUGGUUUUGUUCGCCCACAGAGAGGUGGAGUUAAAAAAAUCAAGAACGAAGAGGCACAAAAACUUAACUGAAAACUACCAGCCAAUUCUGCUUCAGAAAGAAGAUGUAUUCCUAGACUGUGAAGAGAUCGAAAAACCAAUUCCUAUUAUAAAACAGCAAGGAAACCUUUUGAAACCUCGAAAGUCUAAAACUGAAACUGUAGCAAGCAUAUAUCAAGAUAAAACGCUUUUGAAGAAAAAUAAAGAUGAAAUAACCAAAUCUUCAAGCGUGCUUAAAAGAAAUGCAUCGAAUCGGUCAAUCUCACCAUUAAUAAGCACAGUUUCUAUAUCUACACUACUUCUACAUAGAAAAAAAUCUGUCAUUCAGUUCCGAGAAUUUACUCCAGUUUUAUUACACAAAAAAAAGCCUGAAAUUAAUAAUAAUUUUUAA